AUGGAGUCUGUAAUACCAAAUGUGGAAGACCAUACACGACCUGCAGUCAUAGCUGCAAAGCUCCAUGCCAUGGUGAUAUGCCCUGUCCUCUUUGCACAGAGCCAUGCGAAGUUAGCUGCAAUCAUUCGAAAUGCAGCAAGCUAUGCCAUGAGCCAUGCGCACCAUGUGCCGAAGAUUGUUCAUGGUCUUGUCCACAUCGUGGACGGUGCCCAUUACCAUGUGCAGUUCCUUGUGAUCUGCUACCAUGCUCAGAGCGCUGUUCAAAGAUAUUGGCCUGUGGGCACCGAUGUCCAUCCAUUUGUGGGGAGGUCUGCCGAGAUGUUGCGUAUUGCCAGAUUUGUGCGCAUCCAACAAUCAAGGGGAUGGUCGUUGACUUUAUCAUGUCAACUACUUUUGAGGAGAUCGAUCUUGAUGAGGACCCAUGCAUUAUACCGCCAUGCGGGCAUAUGCUGA